CGUUCAUGGCAGCAAACAAUCGACGUCUCUUCUUGAAGAUAGCUCAGUGUUCAACUCACGAACGGCAACAAUGAAGGUCCUCAUCGUCCUCGCCGCCGUCGCCGUCGCCUUCGCUCUUCCCAGGGCUAAGCGUGCAGCCUAUGAACUUCCCGACGGUGUGGAGUUCAUCGUGGGCUCCGUCAAGACCUCCUUCCAGUGUCCGGCCCGCAACGGAUAUUUUGCUGACGUAGACAACAACUGCCUGCUCUUCCACGUGUGCAACGUUGCCACACACCCCGACGGCAACACAGAGGUCCAACAGUACAGUUUCUUCUGCGGUAACCAGACUGUCUUCAACCAGGCCACUCUUACCUGCGCACACCCAGAAGAAUCCGUCCCAUGCGCUAGCUCUCAAGACUUCUUCUACGUCAAUGACAACCUAGGCGUCGAGAACGCUCCAUUCUUGACCGACAAUGACCUCCAGCGUGCUUACUCCCUCUACCCCGGCAGGGCAGCAGCUAAGGCCUAAGUGAAGUGGUCCAGGAGGCCGGGACAUUGGGAAAAAUUGUCGUUCAGUGUUGCUGCUAUGUGUCACGCUAUAGCCUGCACGCUUAGCGUUGUGAGAGCGUUGGGCAUUCUUUAGAGUGCGGUUUCGCUUGGAGCAAGAAGGAAUAUCUCAUCGUCAGUGUAAGCUUCCGGGAAGUUUCGCGCGAUAGCCGCACUCCUAGCUAACGUAGUCGCAAAGGGAUUAUAACGUUACAACAGCUGAUCAUACUGAGAGUCUACAUCGCAUUUCGAAGCGGUCUCGGUAUGCUUGUUCUUCAAGCGCCCCGUAUUUUCACAAGCUGUUUAAAGUAAAUGAACAUACCAAGACUGCUUCUAGCAACUGUAAUUAUACUGGGUGUCGGAAAAAAUUUAUACCUAGAGAGAAUAUUGUAUAUUACUUUUCAGGUAGGCACACUUUCUUCUUUACUUUCCUCUUGCUAGUUUUCAUGUCUUUUUUUUUCUUUCGUCUUGUAUAGACCCUUUACAUUGCUUCAGACAUGGAGCACUGCAUGUUCAACAGCUGUAACGUUUUAAGCCGAUAUCUUAAUUUUGUGUCUCUGUACUAAACAACAGCUUUCCAUGGGUUCUCUUUUGGGUUAUCUCUUUCGUAGCCCUGAGGACAAACCGUAAAGUGUCAUCGCUUACGCAGCUGCAUCGUGCAGUCGACAACAGUCUGUGUUGAUGCUCAACACGCAUAACAUCUGUCUUCGACGUAUUUAAAUGCUUUCUGUUUCUGCCUCGAAAGUUAUUGCUUUAGCUUUAGCUCUGUUGCUAUCUCAGUCACUCUGCUAGUGUAGUAACCAAUUUUGUGUAUAAAUAUUUCCAGUACUGUAUGUAUAUAAAGCAUCUCGUCGCCAAGAUAUCCUAUACUGUACAGCAUUUGUGUAAUAAAACGUUCAUGUGUAUGAAUGUCAGCAU